AUGAUUUCGUUGUCCUCUCUUUCCUCUUUUUGUCCCACUGCCUCACAGAACACGGUGUACAAAUAUCCCGACCUCUGGGUGUGCCCAUACAAUCAGUAUGGCUGCGACGACACUUCCCUCGAGCUGGGGUGUGUCAACUCCGCGUGGGAAACCGAGGGAGGCGUACCCGAGGCGAUUUUCUACCCCAGCGACGGGACGGACCAAGUCGCCACAGACCAGCUGCAAAUCGAGGCUAACGCGAUCGAUACGGGUACUGAGGGGAGAGGACUCUGUGUGGAGUUCAAGACAUCGGCUGCCACCGCUUUUGUUGGGCAAGAGAGGAACCCCGACGAAUACUUGGACUACAUCAGCUUGGACAUGUAUUGGUACCCCAGUGGCAAUGAGACGACGGAGUCUACGACGUGCGUGGAAGAUGGAGAAGAGUGGGAGCCUCACAGAGAGUGGGUGUAUGCGUUCCUGACCGAUCCAGAUGACGCUUCCAUGGUGUCGACGGCAGUCCAGUUGUCCUACACCUGCAUCACGAGUACGUCCAACAGCCACGUUUUCAACUCAAUGGUGAGCUAA